UGUGAAAGGAGGAGGUCCUUGGCAACACCGAACCAGAUAGACACGAAAAUACAUUGAAACAAGAAUCAGCUAACAUUGUUUACCUAAUGAAUUAAUGCGUCAAGGAACCAAAGAAGAGUCACUGUGUGCCACGGGUCCAAGGAUUCGACAGCAUUCAAAUCUGGAGGAGUGGGCUACUCGAAUUUCAAUCUGGAAAUGUUAUCGACAAUGUUCUGCACUGAUUCUAUGCAUUAAUUCAGAUUUCUAACUUCAACAUCUAGGCUACUGUACAUCAUUCCAAAAAUAAGCAAUGGGGCAUCCUCCUCUUGAGUUCAGCGACUGCUAUGAGGAUAGUCCGGAUUUUAGAGAAAGACUAAAAUGCUAUGAAUUAGAAUUGGAAAGAACAAGCAAAUUUCUCAAAGAUGUAAUCAAAGACGGCAACAGUGUAAUCAAUGCAAUCAAGGGUUAUUCAGUGGCAGUGCAGAAGUUCUCCCAGACACUCGGUGUGUUCCAGUUUGACUUCAUUGGUGAUUCUCUGACAGAUGAUGAGAUGAACAUUGCGGAGUCUUUCCAGGAGUUUGCUGGUCUCCUACAGGAAGUGGAGGAUGACAGGAUGAUGCUGGUUCAGAAUGCUUGUGAUCUGCUUAUCAAGCCACUGGAGAAGUUUCGCAAGGAGCAAAUAGGAGUGACAAAGGAAAGAAGGAAGAAGUUUGAGAAAGAGAGUGAAAAAUAUUACACUCAGUUAGAUAAACAUCUGCAUUUGUCUGCUAAGAAGAAGGAAACUCAGCUGCAGGAGGCUGACGAGCUGCUGGACAAAGAGAGGCGGAACUUCUAUGAGUCGUCAGUGGAAUAUGUGUACCAGAUCCAGCAGGUGCAGGACAGGAAGAAGUUUGAUGUGGUGGAGCCUGUGCUGGCAUUUCUUCACAGUAUCCUGACACUCAACAACCUGACGGUGGAGAUGACUCAGGACUUCAUGCCCUAUAAGCAAGAGCUGCAGCUCAGCUUGCAGAAUACGCGGAACCACUUUGAGAGCACUCGUGAGGAGAUAGAGGAGCUGAUGAAGAGAAUGACGCAUCCAACCCAGAUUGGUAAAAUGCACAGCCAACCAGUCAUUGAGGGCUACUUGUACUCUCAGGAGAAGUGGGCCUUGGGUGUGUCAUGGGUGAAGUACUACUGUAAGUAUCACAAAGACAGCAAGCUGUUUGUCAUGGUCCCUGCUGAACCAAAACCUGCAACCAAACAGGGCCCCACAGAGCUGAAGCUUAAAUCCUGCUUCCGCAGAAAGACAGAGUCCAUAGACAAGCGCUUCUGCUUUGAUAUUGAAACUUACGAGAGAAACACACCUGUCACACUCCAGGCAGUUUCGGAGGCCAACAGGAAGUUGUGGAUGGAGGCCAUGUACGGAAAAGAGCCUAUUUAUCAUUCCCCAAUUCACAAGCAAGCUGAAAUGGAAUUGAAUGAAGUUGGAUUCAAGUUUGUGAGAAAAUGCAUCAACUUUGUUGAAACUAAAGGACUCACACAAGAAGGAGUCUACAGAACUGUUGGCAGCAACAUCCAAGUCCAGAAGCUUUUAAAUGUAUUUUUUGACCAGAAAUGCCCAGGAGAUGUGGAUUUCCACAGCAUUGACUGGGACAUAAAAACCAUAACCAGUGCCAUGAAGUUUUAUCUCAGGAGUCUAGCAGAGCCUCUGAUGACCUACGGUCUCAACAGGGACCUCAUCUUAGCAGCAAAAUCGGAUAAUCUAGAUGAUCGACUGGGUGCAAUCCACUGCCUGACGUACAAACUCCCAGGGAAGAAUCGAGAAAUGCUAAGCCUACUGAUCCAACACCUGGUCAAUGUCUGCGGUAACAGUGGGGACAACCUGAUGACUCCCUCCAACAUGGGUGUGAUCUUUGGCCCCACCCUGAUGAGGGCAAAAGAGGAGACUGUGGCAGCCAUGUUGGAUAUAAAGUUCCAGAACAUAGUUGUUGAGAUUCUCAUUGAGGACUAUACCAAGAUCUUCUGCAGCGCACCAGAUGAGAGUUCCACAGCUCCACCGAUGCCUCCUCCAAGGAUCACCCCAAGGAAACGGCAACCAAUCACCAUCGCCAAGCGUCCGCUCCGCAUCUGCCUAGCAGUUAAUUGUGGCCAGCUCCAGAACACUGAGAAUGAGCAGAAUGGCAGCAGACCAGAGGGGGUGGAUUUUGGCAGGGACACCCCAACGAGCCCCACACCUCUCCAAAGGACCAAACCCAUCACCGCCCCUCUACGGCUCCAUAGGGACACUCAAAGGCAGGCCCUCCUGCCCAAGCCAUCCACCCGCCAGGACAGACACUCAGACUCUGACGUUGCCAAACUGGUCGCUAAGCUACAAGACGGAGGUCAGAGGCCAGAUAGAGCAGCAACAGUCAAUGGUGAGACAGGAGUCACUGUGAACCGAGCGCAGUCCUUCCAAUGUAGGAGACCACCUCCUCGAAGUGUUGCAGUCAUCAGAGAAGCAAAAAGUGACGGCAUGAUAAAACCGAGGUCUCUGGCUGAGAAGCCUGCCAUCUGCAGACCUCCAACCAGACCCCCUGACCCCCCUAGCCGAUACCCUGCACCCCACAAGAGCCCCACUGCAGCCCCCAGCGAGGACACCCCAGCGUCGUAUGUUGCUUCCAAAGCCAAGUUUUUUGAGAAUGCUUCAAGGCAAUUUGGAAGCUCAUCGGUCUCACCUCCAGCAUCUACUUUACUCAAUGUGAAAGAGGAGAAUUUAAGUUGAUGAGUCUGUUACCAUGGCCUCUACUCCUGUCACUGACCUGUGGAAUUGCAGUGAGCAUCUGGACACAUACAGUACUGUAGUGGAACAAAGGAAACAGAGUGCAUUUUGUCCUGUCUGUGGACACCCUCCUGCUUGUUGCUAUGAGGGACCCAAUUAACAUGUUGUUUAAUUAGUGAUAAAGGAGCUCCAAUCUAGAUAUUAAAAACAAUCUGUUUAUUAAAGGAGGCCUGUAUACGUCUCUGUCUGAUCCAAAUCUUGGAGAUUCUGGCAGCUGGAUCAAUAUUUAUACAUUCUAUGGGAUCAACCCAAUAAUGAUGUAAUUUAAACAAAAACAAUUUACCUGUUAACUGAAUGAUGUAAUGUUAACUAAAUUAAUCCUAGUCCAAGUGGCUAGUUCCAGUAUACAGUUAUUUGACUUUUAAACUGCUCGAAAACAAGCUACUGUAGCUCCCUAAUACCAUUUGGAUUCACAUACAUGUAGGCUAUACUGUAGUACCCUACUGUAACAGGUUGAAAUGAAAGCAAGCGACUCAGUUGUAGCACAAUAUUGUUAACUACUGUAGUAUCUAAUGCAAAACUGAGAGCCAAAGGUGCAGAUUCUAAGUCUCAGUUGUUAUUUUACUCCUGAUGUUUAAUAAUUUGUUACUUUUAUUUUAAAUGAUUUUUUUGUCAGACACUUUCUCUCUAACAGCAUCUAACAUAGUGUGACAGAGAGUGGAUCAUUAUUCAUUAAUUAUUAUUUGCUAUCAUGGUUGGUUAAGUAGGACUUUAACCUUAAGCUUAACCAAAUGAAUUAUGGUAUUCAGCACAUCAGAAUUCCUGUGGUCUGUUUUCAAUCACCAAAGAGCAUCAUGAACAGGAGGAGUGUAGUCAACAGUCCUAUCAUAUAACUCAAAUCAAAUAACAUUUUAUUUGUCACGUGCCAAAAUCAGCAGACCUUACAGUGGAAUGCUUACUUACAAGCCCUUAACCAACAAUGCUUUAAGAAGUUAAGAACCCUUAAAGCUGGAAUCUCUAAAUUCGUAGUGGUGAAACUGCCAUGUUCAUUUGUGAUAUUACAACAACAAAAACACUUCAACAACCAACACUGUUUUUUCCCCCCUUCGUACAUCAUUGCACACACAAUAGAACAGCACAGUAUGUACAACGACUUGUUUUUACCACAAUGCUACUAUCCUCUUCAUAAUCAAAACAAAUCAGAUAUGUGCCUGGGGCGACCAUUGAUGCUGUUUCACCUUAUGCAGAUCUCAGCUUUAAGAACUCAUAACUAAAUUAUUUUGGAUAGUGGAAUCCAAAUUAGCACUGGUUAAUUUGAAGGCUCAGCAGUCCUAGUUUUUGCCAUUGUUAUUUUGUUGAAGCCGAUGGUUGGCAUCUCUCCAUUUCCAUUUGGGUACUGUCAUUCAUACAACACUCCAACAUGAAUGUUUAUUAAGUAGUGUCAUGUAUGUAGUGUGACUAAGACCGUAAUUUACUGUUGAAGCCGGAAGUUUACAUGCACCUUAGCCAAAUACAUUUAAACUCAGUUUUUCACAAUCCCUGACAUUUAAUCCUAGUAAAAAUGCCCUGUUUUAGGUCAGUUAGAAUCACCACUUUAUUUUAAG